AUGCCCGGCCAAAACAACGAUGCCGUUUCCUACCUCCCCACCUCGGCCAACACCGAUGGUACCGUGAACAAUCGCGACGCGUCCUCUCCUCUGGCCCUGUCCGAUUCCAAGGACCUUGGCAGCGACAAGAAGGGGGAUUCCGCUAGCCAGGACAACUUUGCAACACGAUCCGUCUCCUCUGGCUUCGACCAACAUGCCGCCGAGGUCCUCGAUGAGGCCGCCAUCGAGGCCGCUGGUCAAUUCACCGGAGCCUCCCUCUACGUUUGGGGUCUCACCGGAAUCUCUGCCAUCUCCGGAAUGCUCUUCGGGUACGACACUGGAGCCAUCAACACCGUCCUGGUUCAGACCGGUACGGACAUUGGAGGUGCUCUACUCACUUCAGGCGAGAAGGAACUCAUCACCUCCGCCCUGUCCGUAGGAGCCAUCUUCGGUGCCAUCUUUGCCGGAUACCUCUCCGACAAAUUGGGACGAAAGCGAACCCUCGUCUUCUGCGACUUUGUCUUUGUCAUCGGAGCCGUCAUCCAAGCAUCGAUCAGUAGCAAAUGGCCCUUUGCCGUCGGACGUCUCGUCAUGGGACUCGGAGUAGGAGCCGCCUCUAUGAUUGCCCCCGUCUUCAUCAGUGAAGUUUCCCCCGUUGGUUGCCGCGGAAAGCUGGUCACUCUCAACGUCGUCGCUAUCACCUUCGGUCAGGUCAUCGCCACUGCCAUCGGUGCUGGUUUCGAUGGCGUUCCUGCUGGCUGGCGCUGGAUCAUCGCCAUUGGCGCCUUCCCUCCCAUCUUCCAAGGUAUCAUCAUCGAGCUCUUCUUCCCCGAGUCCCCUCGACACCUGCAAAAGAUUGGCAAGACCCAGCAGGCUUCCGACGUCUUGGCAAAGAUGUAUCCGCGUGCUACCGCCGACCAGAUCACUGCCAAAAUGCAGGUGCUGCAACAUCACAUCGCCAUCGACACCCAGUCCCUCUACUCCAAGUACAAGGACCUUCUCAUGGUCCCUCAGCUGCGUCGAGCCAGCUUCCUGGCCGCUCUCUUGCAAUGUCAGCAGCAGCUCACUGGUUUCAACGCCCUGAUGUACUUUUCCGCUACCAUCUUCAGUGCCGUGGGUCUGAAGAACUCGACUGCUACAUCGCUCGUCGUCUCUGGCGUCAACUUCAUCGUCACCUGCAUUGCCGUACAGUACCUGGACCGCUUUGGACGAAGGGCCUUCCUCAAGGUCACCAUCCCCAUCAUGAUCUUCGGUCUCCUCUUCUCUACCGUCAUCUUCCAGUUCCUUACCGCUCCCACCAACCACUCACUCGUUGACGGAUACGAGGGAUACAACAAGGCUCUGUCGGGUGUGCUCAUCCUGGGCAUGGUUGUAUUCGUUGGUGGUUACGCCGGUGGUCUAGGUCACGUCCCCUGGUCAGCAGGAGACUUCUUCCGGCAAUCGCACCGUGGAGUGGGAGCCUCAGUGGGAGCCCUGUCCAACUGGUCCUUCAACCUCGUCGUCUCUUCCACCUUCCUGCGCCUCAUGGACGCGAUCAAGCCCGCACCCACCUUUGGCUUCUACGCUGCCUUGUCCUUUGCACUGGCCAUCGUCACCUACUUCUGCUACCCAGAGACACUCAGUCUGUCCCUGGAGCAGGCGCAGAGCACCCUCGAGGGCGGCUUCAAGGUCAAGGAGAGCGAGAAGCUGAGGAAGAGGAAUUGGGAGAUGCUCAGGAAGGAGGAGAGGGACGCAAAGGCUGCCCGCAAGAGCGAGCCACUUCAAAUGGCCCCUCUUCGUGGCCACGGUGUGACCUUAUCAGCAACAGCGGCAGGUGCUUCUUCCUCCUCUUCCGGUCACCACGGCGGCGGCGGCGGCAGCAGCAGCGGCCCUGGCGGAGGUGCUUCCCGUCCAGUCUACUCGUGCGAGCCGUGCAGACGGCGAAAGGUCAAGUGCGAUGGGACCAGUCAUUGCAGGAACUGCAGACGGAGAGGGGAGGAGUGUCGCUGGAUACGGACGCCUGCUUUCCUAACUUCUCGUUCGCCCGUGGAGCUGAAUAGGGGUACCGGUGACGGCAACCUCACUCCCUCGAGCUCCUUGGGUAAUCGCAUCGCCCGCAUCGAGGAGGCACUUGCUAUGGCAGGUCUGCUGGCCAAUGCACAGCCUGCCAUGACCUCACCUCUGUCCAUGGUGUCCUCCUCGCCAUCGUCGCAGCUCGGCUUGCCCGCUCGACGGUCACCGCCCCGGACAGUUGCCAUUGCCAUUUCGGAUCUGGUAGAGUCAGGCAACGCACGGCCGGCCUCGUCGGAGGUAGACGUGCACGAUCGCUUCGAUCAUCAGAUCAUCUCAACGGACGCAGAUCACGACGGAGACGAACCGCACAGCAGUAACACCCGGCAUGCUCAGUUGCAGCAGUUCAGCGAGAUCCUCGGGCUGCUGCCUUCACGACUUCAGUGCGACGCACUCGUUACUGCGUACUUCGAGCAGCUGGAGUGGAUCCAUCACCCGAUCCAUGUUCCCACCUUCAUCGAGUGGUACAAGGGCUUCUGGCUGUCUGGAGUUCAAACGAGACAAUGUCUGCAGUGGCUAGCGCUUCUCCUCUCGAUUCUCUGUCUGGCGGUACACUUUGAUCUGGAAGUGUCGCAGCAUAUGCCCGCGAACGCAAUGGCGGACGAUGCCACCUUCUAUCAAGCGAGUCAGGAUGCCCUCAACGCUUCGGGGUAUCUUGCUCACCACUCGAUGACCGUCAUCCAGACGUUGAUCUUGCAGGGCUUGUACCUCAACAACUGUGGUCAGGCAGAUACCCACCAUGUCAAUCUUGCAAUGGCAAUCAGGAUGGCCAACGGGCUCGGCCUUUCUCAGCUCGAUGCUGGGCGCUCAGGUUCCAUAAGUGGGACAGUGGCUGCAGCUCCUCUCGAGCUGGAGAUGCGCCGGAGGACGUAUUGGAGUUUAGUCUGUCAGGACUGCUAUACGGCCUCUUCGUGCAACUUUACAUACAACAUACCCCCUUCACAGAUAAAGACUAGAGUCUUCGCCGAUCUCAGAGAUGAUGAGAUUGGAGCAGCAGCUCGUCCAAGUCGAGCAGUCGGCGAGCCGACGACUUCGACCUAUCACAGAGAAAAAAUCUCAUUCGCUCUGACCGCUAGGAAAGCAGUGGACCUAUAUAAUGAAGAUCGCUUGACGCACGAUAUUGUCCCCGAGCUCGAGCGCGAGAACUGGUCCCACUACCAGUCCCUGCCAUCCUACCUCCGACUAGAUCAUCCUCCCUGGCAACCACGUACUUCAGCCAACAUGUCCUCGUUGCCAGGUGAGGACCUCCUAGGCUGGGGAUCGGGUCCAUCUGAUGUGCGCCCAUGGGACUCAACCCGCAUACUGACUCGGCAGCUCCAGUGGCAACGCCUCUUCCUUGGUUUCACCAUACACAAUCGGACCAUGCGUCUGCAUCGCGCCUACCUUGCUCGGGGAUACUCAGAGGAGCGCUACCGCGAAUCGAAAAAUGCCACUCUGCAGGCGGCCGUGAGCCUUUUGCAAUUGCUGGAAGAGGCAAAACGUAUCGCUUUCCCGCUGCAGUGGUGGGUCGUGCUCAUACACGUGUUUACCGCCUCCGUUGCGCUCUGUAUCGAUCUGCAUAUGCGUGCUGGACAGAAGAGCGCUGGCACUGUGAUGGCAGCUGAAGAAGCUGACGCCGAAGCGGAGAACCUCCGUUUGGUACAGGUCGCUAUAGGUGUCCUGGAGGAUGCAUCGAGGAAGAGCAGAGCGGCCAAGCGCGCUGUGCGGGUAGUCCAGACACUCCUCUCUCAGUCGCAACGUCGUCGAGACGGGGCAAUGGCAGCUGCUGCUUUUGCAGACGUAGCGGCGCGGGCAUCUCACCUCCCAGAGGCUACAGCGGCUGCCUCUGCUGCUGGACAGCCCACCACAUGGGAGUCGGCGCUGGAAGGUUGGCUGUCGCAGGAUGCUGCUGUUGGCGCGUCGGGCGACGUCUUUGGUACAUUUGACGGGGCAGGACUCGAUGGACUGUCUUCGCCUGGUGAUCUAUCGAAGGAACUGCUGGACACGAUCAAUUCUUUCACGUCGUCGCUGUCUUGA